AUGCGUCUGCAGAUAGAUCUAAGUAAAAUUUCUGCGAUUAACGGCCUGAAUAGCCUGCUUUCCAGCGAAAGACACGACGCGAAGCCGGCGCAUUGCGAUCCGGCCGGUGGCUGGACUGCCAUGAGGGGCAGGCGUUAUGGAGCAAAGGCUCGCCGCAAUCCCCUGCGGCAUAUCCUGAAGGCCUUACGUGCUGCGUCGCUGUUGAUUGCGCUGAGCUGCCAUUAUCGGCGCUGCGCUGAGCUUUAA